ACGAAGAAAACGACUACGGUUAUUGCGGCUGUCGCUUUAGUGAGCAAAAGGAAUAAACAAACAUGUUUCUCUUGUAAUUUUCUUUUGGGCCAGACAAGUUUUAUCUGUUUUCUUUUUGAUAAGUCACUCUUCGUUACAUUUACCGGCCAUCAGGACCUCUUUGAUAUAACUUACGGUAACAGUUUCCUCUCUAGACCCCAGCUAGUUGUUUGAUUGCGAAGACGACGGAUUAAAACAUGGCGUGAAGAGGGUCCGAGGGGAUCGCAAUUAACUUCUUUUUAUUAUUAAGCCAAAUAAAACGAGCGUCACGCAAGUGUGUACUUAAAAUGUUAUGACUGCUCCUCGCGUUUGCUUGUCGUGACCACGUAGUGAAGUUGGGAACCAAACUGAUUUGUGUAUGGGAAGGUGCGUGUGAUUCUGCACACAACUCCAAACAAUUCUAGGCCGCCUUUGUUCAUCGUGAUCAAUACGAGCUCAAUAAGCUCCUCGUCGUAAUGGCCUGGGCUCUAAAACUGCCCCUCGCUGAUGAGGUGAUCGAGUCCGGCCUGGUGCAGGACUUCGACGCCAGUCUGUCUGGAAUUGGGCAGGAGCUUGGAGCUGGAGCCUACAGUAUGAGUGAUGUGCUGGCACUUCCCAUCUUUAAGCAGGAAGAGUCCAAUCUCCCACCUGAUAAUGACAACAAGAUCCUUCCCUUUCAGUAUGUUCUGUGUGCUGCCACAUCACCAGCUGUCAAACUACACGAUGAGACACUCACCUACCUCAACCAAGGGCAGUCUUAUGAAAUUCGAAUGCUGGACAAUCGGAAAAUGGGUGAGCUUCCAGAGAUCACAGGCAAGAUGGUAAAGAGCAUCAUUCGUGUGGUUUUUCAUGACCGACGACUGCAGUACACUGAGCACCAGCAGUUGGAGGGCUGGCGCUGGAACAGACCAGGUGACCGAAUCCUUGACCUGGAUGUUCCUAUGUCUGUUGGCAUCGUGGAUCCUAGGGCAAACCCCACACAGCUUAACACAGUUGAGUUCUUAUGGGACCCAUCAAAGCGGACUUCAGUGUUCAUCCAGGUUCAUUGCAUCAGUACAGAGUUUACAAUGCGAAAGCAUGGCGGUGAGAAGGGAGUGCCUUUUCGCAUCCAAAUUGACACGUUCAAAGAGAAUGAAGCGGGAGACUACACAGAACAUCUGCACUCUGCCAGCUGCCAAAUCAAAGUCUUCAAGCCCAAAGGUGCUGACAGAAAGCAAAAGACUGACAGAGAAAAGAUGGAGAAGAGGGCACCACAGGAAAAGGAGAAAUACCAGCCAUCAUAUGAAACUACCAUCCUUACUGAGUUUAAGUUGUGUGUGGCUAUACUUGCUACGAAAUUGGAAAAGAUUACUAAAACAAGAUUGGACUUCCAGUGCUCACCAUGGCCUGAGGCCACUUAUGUCAACAACUCUCCAUCACCAGGCUUUAGCAGCAGCACUCACAACAGCUUCCCUACUGAAGGGAAUGGCUCACCGAAUCACCAGCCAGAGCCAGUGGUACAGGUAGCAGAUAAUCUGGUGCCCACUGCAACGCCACAAGAAGCACAGCAAUGGCUCCAUAGAAACCGCUUUUCACCAUUCUGUCGUCUCUUCACAAACUUCUCAGGGGCAGAUCUGCUGAAACUUACUAGAGAGGAUGUCAUUCAGAUCUGUGGCCCAGCUGAUGGCAUACGACUGUUCAACUCACUAAAAGGAAGGGUGGUUCGACCAAGACUGACUAUCUAUGUGUGUCAGGAGUCUCAGCAGGCCCGAGACCAGCAACAAAAACAUGAGAACGGAGAUGGUGCUAGCAAUACCUUUUUUGUGUACCAUGCUAUUUAUCUGGAGGACCUAACCGCCAUCGAACUGACUGAGAAAUUAGCUCAGCUUUUCAACAUCUCUCCACGGCAGAUCAGUCAGAUCUUCAAGCAGGGACCCACAGGCAUCCAUGUGCUUGUCAGCGAUGAGAUGAUUCAAAACUUUCAGGAUGAAAUGUGUUUUGUGUUGGACACAAUGAAAGCUGAGACGAACGAUGGCUACCACAUCAUCUUGAAGUGAGAAUGCAAAUUGGCCGAAGAGUCGACGCCCAUUUUCAAGCAGAUUAAUCUUGCUCAAUAUGCUUCCCCACAGACCCUGCCUUCACUCUUUCUGGAUGUUAUAAGUACAAUUGUUUCUUACAAUUGUAUUGCUCAGGCAAUAGAGGCCACUGUGGUAAUGUGUAAAUGCAUCUGGCCUGUUCUGAUACCUUACUAUCUUACUCUCCACAGAGUGUCUGUACUGCCAGUACAGCUGAUUUUAUUAUGUUGCAUUUUAUUUCUUUACUUACACUUCCUUAAAAAAAUCUUUUCUUUGAUGUAUAUACAUCAGAGUAUGUAGUUGUAAGCACUGGUGUGCCAGAGCCUGCUGCCUGAGAAAGACCGGAUGAGCGGUUGUAGAAUUAGCACAAUGUGUUUUUGCAUCUGUGCCUAUAUCCCAGCAAUUAUCAGCAAGUUAUUUUUCACCAUGAGAGGCAAAUGUCAGAGUAAAAUUACAGUCAGUAAUUCCACCUGAGAGACCCUAAGAUUGAUGCCCCACUGAAAAAGUGGCUUUACCAUUUUCUGUCUGUUGGCUUAUUUAUAAUGAAUGUUAAGCUUAUUUUAACAAAAUAAAUUAUUUCAGUAACUUCCCCUGGCUUGCCUAAGGAAAGCAGUACUGCUGCAUGAAGUUGGUUUAUCUGUCUGUAGCUCAUUUAUUAACAAGUGUUUUCUGCAGAGUAAUAAGUACAUUCUUAGUAAGCAUAAUUUUUCUUCUAAAUUGCCAUAAAAACUAAAUAUGAGAAAUCUGAGUUCCAUUAUAUUUUUCAGACAGUGGGGUUACAUGGUAACACCAGUCCAUUACCUCCUCCAGAUUUUUGUUUUUAUUUUUAUUUUUAAAUACAGGAUCAUUCUUUAGAAAAUCUCUUCAGACCAGAUUAUUUUUUUUAAAGUUUUUAUGUAAGAAAACCAGCAGCUUUGUGUUGGUCAUUGAUUUUUGUUGGUCUGUUUUUUUUUUUUGUUUUUUUUUCCCUUCAUUUUUUUUUUUAUCGUCAUUGUCAUGCAAAUCCAUUUGGUGUGAAAAACAACAUGUAAGGGUCAAGCAGGUUAGCUGUGUUGGAUGUAUGCAAGACAGCAAAGUCCCCAUUUUCUCAAGUCAGUACAACAAUUAUAACAAUUGACCCUUGAAAGACACUUUUUUUUGUUGUCCGCUGUGCUCAAACCACAGUUUGUAAUAUCUCAUUUAAUGCUUAUAUUUUAUACUGAGUAAAUUACAAAUGGAUUUUAAUUUA